AUGGGCCACGGAGCAAAAGGGUGGAAAAACAGGAUCGAUAAUGUUGAUAUCGUUAUCAGUUACGGUUGGGGAUGGACGGUGAAGGGCGGUGAUAGCGACGGCGACGGGACGGGAGAUGGGUCUCACUUAAUGGGGGGACGGGGGAGUUCGGCCGCCUUCUCUGUGACUCACGGCGUCCAGGAAAGGGCGGCUCAUUGGAUCGGAAUAAAGGAGAGCCGCGGGCGAGGAAACUCCUUUGAUCGUCAUUUCUCGUGUGAUUAUUUCCCCUGUCGCCAAAUAUUGGUAGUCGGCUGGUCUUGCAAAGGGCAAAGAGAAGGAUGACCAUUUACUGGAUGGACAGUACAUGUAAGGAUGAGAAGACAGCUUUUUUAUAUAUAGAGUGGUUAAAAAAGUCGUUGAUUAUUCAGGAGGAAAAUAGUAAGUUUUCUAUUGAAAUUCUUUCAAAGUGUGACUGAAACUAUUAAUUCAAAGAUAGGAUGAGGAGGAAAAAUUGUAAAUCAACGAAAAAAUUGGGAGUAUUAUGCUGUUUUCUACUAUUUUCUUCAUUGCAACGGUGUAGUUUACUCCAAGUAAAUGUUAUUAUGAGGAAGUAUUAUUAUGAAUUUACGUUAUAAAUAUUUUUUGACAAAUUUUCUAAUUAGUGUAUGAACACAUGUAAGUUUUCAAUAUAGAGUAGUUCGAAAUUACAAUAAACUUCUUUUUUGAUGGAAAUAAUCAGAAGCUUUCGAAAUACGCCAAAACUUGAUGAAAAAAUUUGAAAGUUAACUUUGUGCAGUUUCUCAGCAGACCGUUUUCAAAAAGUCAACCGAUCCUAAACAGAGACAAGCCGUCGAAAUAGAUGAAUGGCGGAAGAACUUGCCAUUGUUCAGGGCACAGUGCAUUGUCUUGGUUCGCGUGGAACUUGGUUCCCACGCUAGUGAACUGAUGCUGAACCUGACCCAGAAGAGGAGAACUCAAGCGUUCGAAAAACUCCUGAUAAGAAGACCCCAAAUGAAGGUGCCCACGGUUUAUUGGAUUCGAGGUCCCACGGCAAAUCACACCGCUCCCAGGCACCCAAAUCGUUCCAACAGAACCGUGCGACCCAUUUUCAAACAUGUCCGAUGGCAACUUCCGAAUUUGGAGUUAUCUUUGGGUUCGUUAUCGCACUCGAUUGGGCAAAAAAUAAAUAUUUGAGAAGAUGAAAGUGCGAACGGCUGUCUCCUGUGUGUGUAUGCGUCUGCGUGUGUGUGAUAAUUAUGUACACAUACAAACACAAGAGGAGGUCCAUGUUUGCAAAAAGGAAUGCAAAUAAUCAGGAGGAGGUGUCAAAGUCGAAAUUCCAAACAAAUAAAAACAAGCAAGUGACCGGAAGAGUCAAAAUCAGAUAUAUUAUAAAAAAACAAUUUUCUUGUAAAAAAUGAGAUUUAUGACCUGAAAUGAACUCUCGAAAAUUCGCAAAGCUCACUAAAAAGUUAUUUUACGAAGAAAGCUCGUUUUGAAGAAAUCGCAAGUGGAAAACUGAACAUUUGCGGUCUCAAUGUCAAAGAUGAAAAAACUUUCUCGGCAGAGAGACUUCCACAAAAAUAUGAAUAAACUAGCUUUCAACCGAGGAGCGAACCGAAAAUUCUCCAAUGAAAAGAACUUUUUGGCGAGCUCAACUCCUCCGCAACUUUGCAAGACGAGGAAACUUGAGAAACAGGUCGGUCGGUGGUGGUUGGCAUCGGAAAACUCGGCUGAGAUCGGAGCAAAAGAGAGAGAGAGACAGAAAAAAAACUGGCGUGAGGGCGCGUCUGGUACGGUAGAAGCUUUUGGGAAAAGGAAAAGAAAGAAAAGGUUGGGUGGGAGGAUGGAAAUGACAGCGGAGACACCGGCGCUCAGCAAACAGUACUCUCGCCUUACCGACGCUGAACUUGGCGGAUCCAAAGGAACGAAAGAAGAAAGAGAGAGGAGAGCCACACAAUCUCUACAGCACACGUAGGGCCUGGGGUGGCGCACAGUUUUGUGCAAAUAAGAGUGGCGAGAGCUCGUGGAAAACGACGUCCGCAAGACGAGGAGGCGGUCCUUCGUGGAUGUCGGAGGCGGAGUCGCCGCGCCUCAUUGGCUCUCGCGUCUCCAUCCAGCAGGCUUCAGAGCGAGGCUGGACAGCCUAUUUUCGGUUGGAGGGUCCAAAAUAG